UGAAUGUUAAUGAAUUAUUGGCUUUUGAAAGCCAUGAUCUUCCCGAAGAUGUCUGCGGCUGGUAUCGGCUGGACUGGGCCGUUGAAUUUACGCGGCAAGGUGUCGAUAGUGCAUGGGCUGAAAGCGAUAUCAAUAAGGGCUAUACUAGUUGUGACACGUAUCCCGAACGCCUUUGGCUGCCUAUAGCUGCCAAUAAAAACACUCUCAUGGGUUCCUGCCGUUUCCGUUCGCGUGGGAGAUUGCCAGCUCUCACUUAUUUUUAUAAGCCGAAUGGAGCUACUAUUUGCAGGUGCGCACAGCCGUUAACUGGAUUUUCGGCACGAUGUGUUGAAGAUGAAAAGCUCAUGGAAUUAAUUGGACGAGCGAAUACGAACUGCGACACGCUGUUCCUCGUCGACACCAGACCCA